CUAUAGCUAACUGCCGAUUAGAUUCUGAAAGUAGAUAUAUAUAUAUUAUAUAUAUGUAUGUAUGUAUAGAUAAAAACGUAGUGUGCGUUUGUCCGGUAUACUGAUUACAUAUCACACCCGCACCCCACGCGUUUGUGCUUGUGUUCAUAUUUCUCUACAAACCGGGUUUGCACGUAGUGUGACGUGCCGUGACGUAUGGACGAGCGAACUUACUCAUACGACCCGGUGCCCGGCGCGCCAGUAAGCAACAGACCAACCAUGGAGAAGGGACAACUGUGGCGGCAGUACGUCAUCGCCGGCGUCGCUAACAUAGCGAUCGCCUCAACGGGUUACUCCAUGGGAUGGACGUCUCCUGUCAACAUCAAGCUGAAAGAUGCCAAUCUGACGGACUCCCCCCUGCCUGCCCCUAUCACCUCUAACGAAGAAGCAUGGAUCGGUUCCAUCCUCACCCUUGGAGCUAUACUAGGUCCAUUCAUCGGAGGGCCGCUGGCAGCUCGCGUCGGUCGCAGAUGGAGUCUGAUUGCUUCAUCCAUCCCUCUGUUCGCUGGCUGGAUCCUCAUAGCGGCCGCUACCGCUGUGGCCUUCAUUUACGCUGGCCGGUUUAUGUGGGGCGUCGGUGUCGGCAUGCUGUUCACCGUGUCGCCCAUGUACUGCGCUGAAAUUGCCACGAAUGACAGCAGAGGCGCCCUCGGCUCGUUCCUACAAGUGUUUAUCACACUCGGGUUCAUACUGGUGUAUGGAAUCGGCCCCUUCGUCUCGUACAGCGCCGUGGCGUACGUUGGUGUUGCCUUCGUGGCCGUCUUCGAUAUACUCUUUUUCUUCAUGCCAGAGACGCCCAUAUACUAUCUCACCAAGAACGACCGGGAAGCUGCCGCUAAUUGCCUGAUGACGAUCCGAGGCCAGUCCCGCUCCGGAGUGGAGGCAGAGCUCGACCUCAUGGCCAGCGACGUAGCCGCCUCCAUGGCCAAGACAGCUACGAUCGCCGACGUGUUCCGUGGCAGCAACUUUAAGGCGUUCUACAUCUCGUGUGCGCUGGUGUUCUUCCAGCAGUUCUGCGGCAUCAACGCUGUUCUCUUCUACAUGACCAACAUAUUUGAGGCCGCUGGUUCUGGCCUGGACUCUUCUAUUGCCACUAUCAUUAUUGGAGCGGUGCAGGUGGGCGCGUCGUGCGUGACGCCAUUCGUCGUGGACCGGCUGGGGCGCCGCAUGCUGCUCUUGUUCUCCGCCUGCGGUACCACCAUUGGUUUGGUCCUCCUCGGCAUGUUCUUCCUCCUGGAUGAGCUGGACAGCCCCGUGGUCGCCAGCAUCGGCUUCCUCCCCAUCCUGUCGCUGGUGGUGUUCAUCGUGACGUACUGCGUGGGCCUGGGCCCGCUGCCGUGGGCGGUGAUGGGCGAGCUGUUCCCCAUCGAAGUGAAGGCGCAGGCCGCGCCCAUCGCUACCGCUUUCUGCUGGACGCUAUCUUUCUUGGUCACUAGGUACUUCGGGCCAAUCUCGGAGGUGCUGGGCAUGUACGUGGCCUUCUGGAUCUUCGGCGUGUGCUGUAUCAUCGCCUUCUUCUUCACGCUGUUCCUGGUGCCAGAGACCAAGGGCAAGAGCUUCGCCGAGAUCCAGGAGAUGCUCUCGGGAAAACCAUCAAAAGGAAAGGCGUAACCAACCUACAACAGAACAAGUCAAGCCACAACUACCCACCGAUGAGUGGCAACACCAGAAAAAGCGCCAACUUAUACUUGCGGUUAGCAAACUGACAAAACAACGCAAAUAUACUUCUAACCCUGUGACAAAAAAACUAGUUCCUAUUUCUUCAGCAGCAAAGUUAAGCUGGCAGCUCUCCUAGUGAUUUAUAGUAUCUUUGCGAAGUAUUCGGCGUCAUCGUUAGUAAAAGCUACUUUGUUAUGUUUGACAUAAAGUUUAUAUUUGAAUGUUGUUAUGAGAGUACGUAUUAUAUUUUUUAGCAAUAUUAAUAGUCCUGACGAACUGGCAUAUUUUCACCCGAAAACUUUACACGAUAGAAUUAAUACCCUGUACGAAUUUAUACCUUUUUACUACUUAUAUUAUUUAAUUUCGAUUAAAAUUAUUGUGAAUAGGAAUAUCGUAUAGAAUAUACUAUUUUAAAGAAUUUACUUUUAAGUGCCUGUACAUGUGAGUACAAAAAAUAGGUCAGACUAAGUACAUGAAAUGUGAUAUAAAUACAUAAUAUUGGGUAAAAAUCCUAUCUUUUUUUUUUAUAAGUAUUUCAAAGAGCCAGUGCCAUUACCCAGUGAGUUUUUGUAGGUACCAAUAUUUUGAAGGGAUUUUUACCCAUACGAGUAUAGUAAGUUAUAAUUUAUAAAUUAUAAUAAUACCUAUUAAAAUUAAGUUUUUAUUUGACAGCUUGAUGGAGACGACUUUUAUUUAAAAUAAAAUUUUAUAUUAAACUACCCGAAUUUGACAUAGUUUAUAAUAUUUGGAUGUAUAUAAUUAUUGGCUUCAAUUUCAAGCUGUUGGUAAUGUUAUUUUGUUGACGAAUAAAAAUUUAAUAAUUUCA